CAAAUAUCCAUCUUUUCAUCAAGUCGUUGUGUGUGCACGACUCGGACCACGAUGGGAGCGCUCCAAGUGCUUGGCGGGCUGUGGCGCCUCGUGGUAGUGUUCGUCGCAUGCAUUGGCAUGUCGUACGUGCUCUUCUCUCGGUUGUUGGAACGGCAUCCGUCCUUGGCUGACACGCUCUCGUGGAACUUAAGCUUCGAAGACAUCCAAAGAGGGGACGUCAGCGCCGCCCUUCGAAGCGCCAUGGCCGAGGACUUUGAGUUGACCGUGUUAUGUUUUGCCAGCGUCUUCUUCAUCAAGCAGACUUUUGCGAUUCCUGGCUCUGCAUUGCUCAAUGUGAUUGCUGGUGUCCUGCUUCCCAUUCACUUUGCAUUUCCACUUGUGUGCUUCCUCACAAUGUGCGGAGCGUCGUCUUGCUACAUUCUGUCGUCGACCCUGGGGUCCCACGAAAGCCUCGUGUCCAUGACCGACUACUUCUUGCCAGGAAAACUCGACAUCCUUCAGGCGCAGAUCGAUGCCGCACGGAAUGAACAGCGACUGAUGUUCGUCCUCUUGUUCCUGCGUAUUUUUCCCUUCUCGCCCAACUGGCUGCUCAACAUGGCAAGUCCGUACCUGAACAUUCCGCUCUUCCUCUUUGCUCCGUCCGUGUUCUUCGGCCUCAUGCCGUACAACUAUGUCACGGUCAAGGCUGGGUCGAUGCUGUCGAACUUGCAAGGCAUCCGAGACAUAUUCGACCUUCAAACCGUGCUCGGGUUCCUCACCCUCGCCGCAUUGAUGCUCGUGCCCGCGGUCGUCAAGCGGGCAAACUGCGCUGCCAAAAAGUCUCAGUAGCGUCGUGCAAACUUAUUCAUCGUUGUCGAACAAACUCCAAUCCCACCGUGGUUUGCACCCUUGCGAUACCCUUGAUCGUACCGGAACAGGUCACCGGGACAAUAGCUCCAUUUGAGUAAUGUCCAGACCCAGCAACUUGCGGCGUUUGUGUCGAGUGUGCAUGAAGGAAGACUGACGACCUUUUCUUCGUGCCAUGCAUGCACCAUCAUCACUUGACCGCCAUCUCCCUGCAGUCCCG